UGAAGAUGGACGGUGAGAUGAUGGGGCAGUGCACCUCUCAUAAAAAUCCUUGUAGAGUAACCGUACGCGAUCUCGUCGAUAUCAUUACUGCACCAGAUAACGAAAAAUAUAAGAUUUUGAAUCGACCAUACGACCUAGUGUUCGAAGGAAUCUACAUUGGAAACGAAAUAACAGCACUGAAUGAAGAUCAACUGCGUGAUCUUGGAGUGACCCAUGUCUUGAAUGCAGCUAAAGGAACAAAACCCUUCUCUCAUGUAAACACAAAUGCUGACUUUUACAAAUCAGGGAUAAAGUUCCUUGGAAUACCUGCUACAGACGUUCUGAUGUUUAAAAUUAACAGAUACUUUAAAGAAUCAUCAGAAUUCAUUGAAAAUGCCAUCGGAAGCAAGAGUGGUGGUCCAAGGGAAGGAUGUGUAUUUGUUCAUUGCAAGGAGGGAGUUAGUCGAUCAGCAACUUUGGUUCUUGCAUACCUGGUUACUUACCAAGAUUUGCAUCUUACAGAUGCUUUUAAAACUGUAAGAUCCAAAAGAAAGAUUUCACCAAAUCCUGGUUUUCUCCAGCAACUGAUUGAUUAUUCUAGAACASUUGAUCACUGUUAUUGACAAGACUCUGAAUGUAAACUGUUAAGCAUAUGGGCUGAAUGGCAGAAAUUGAAAAGAAAGAAAGCAAUGAAUGGAUAAUGUGCAGGAUAAAUAUUUAUAUUGUAACAACAUCAACUCAACUAGUACCAUAUAUUUUAGAAGAUAUAGACAAACAUCUGGGAAACGUUUCAAUCGAAGAAAGAACAUAACUGCAUAGAAAUUGUAAAAAAAAGCUUUUAUAACAAUAAGCCUCAUUUGUUAUUGCGUGAUGUGUCUUCUGUGUCACGCGUGACAUGGAAACACUACGUGACAAGGUAUGACUACUAGUCACGUCCGUGUUCUUGGGCUUUCUGAGUGUUUUGAUUCAUAUUCUAAUCUGUGUUUUAGUAAACAAUUU